AUGUUAUAUUCUAACUUGUCUCUUUCUAUCUAUCGAUCUAUCUCUUUCUCUUUAUGUCUAUCUAUUGUUAUCUCUUUUUCUGUCCAUCUAUCUAUCUAUCUAUCUAUCUAUCUAUCUCUUUUCUGUUCAUAUCUAUCUAUCUAUCUAUCUAUCUAUCUCAGUCUGUUCAUUGUCUAUCUUUUUCAGUUUAUUCAUUAUCUAUUUAUCUAUCUAUCUCAGUCUGUUUAUAUCUAUUUAUCUAUCUCUGUUCAUUGUCUAUCUAGCUAUCUCAGUCUGUUCAUUGUCUAUCUAUCUAUCUAUCUCAGUCUGUUUAUAUCAAUCUGCCUAUCUAUCUAUUUCAGUCUCUUCAUAUCAAUUUGUCUAUCUAUCUCUGUUCAUAUCAAUCUGUCUGUCUCAGUCUGUUCAUAUUUAUGUAUCUAUCUCAGCCUAUCUAUCAAUCUAUUUCAGUCUGUUCAUAUCUAUCGCACUCAGUUUGUUCAUAUCUAUCUAUCUAUAUCACUUUAUCUAUCCACCUAUCUCAUCUAUUCAUAUAUAUCUAUCUACCCAUAUAUCUCAAUAUGUUCAUUAUCUAUCUAUCUAUCUCACUCUGUUCAUUAUCUAUCUAUCUAUCUAUCUAUCUAUCUAUCUCACUCUGUUCAUUGUCUAUCUAUCUAUCUCACUCUGUUCAUUAUCUAUCUAUCUAUCUAUCUAUCUAUCUAUCUAUCUCACUCUGUUCAUUGUCUAUCUAUCUAUCUCACUCUGUUCAUUAUCUAUCUAUCUAUCUAUCUAUCUAUCUAUCUCACUCUGUUCAUUGUCUAUCUAUCUAUCUAUCUAUCUCGGUCUGUUCAUUAUCUAUCUAUCUAUCUAUCUUGGUCUGUUCAUUAUCUAUCUAUCUAUCUUGGUCUGUUCAUUAUCUAUCUAUCUAUCUAUCUAUCUAUCUUGGUCUGUUCAUUAUCUAUCUAUCUAUCUAUCUAUCUUGGUCUGUUCAUUAUCUAUCUAUCUAUCUAUCUAUCUAUCUAUCUAUCUAUCUAUCUCACUCUGUUCAUUAUCUAUCUAUCUAUCUAUCUAUCUAUCUAUCUAUCUCCUCAUAUAUAUCUAUAUAUAAAUAUCUAUCUAUCUAUCUAUCUAUCUAUCUAUCUAUCUAUCUAUCUAUCUAUCUAUCUAUCCCAGUCUGCUCAUAUCUAUCUAUCUAUCUAUCUAUCUAUCUAUCUAUCUAUCUAUCUAUCUAUCUAUCUAUCCCAGUCUGCUCAUAUCUAUCUAUCUAUCUAUCUAUCUAUCUAUCUAUCUAUCUAUCUAUCUAUCUAUCCCAGUCUGCUCACAAUCUAUCUAUCUAUCUAUCUAUAG